AUGCCUCCGAGCUCAAAUGCUGCUGCAGCGCAUACUAGCCGUGUGACCUUGGACAGCGACCUGACCCCUGUGGGUCUCAUUCUCAUUUGUACUGGGAACGUGUCCACGGUGAGGCUUAAUUGUGAUCAAGCCCCUGGCUCCCUCAGCGCAGAGCCCGACGUGGAGAAAAGCUCCCCGCAAGCUUGCAGACGGCCUGGUGGGUUCGGGGAGGGGGCCAGAAAGCCGUGGUGGGGUGGGGCGGGGGUCGCCCAGGAGUCCCGCCGCCCGGCCACCGGGUCGCCGCCCUCUUCGAGGCGACGGCGGCUGGCUGAGGCUCCCGGCGCCACCCCCGCCCCUCUCCCGCUGCCGCCCGUACCGCUCUUCAGCCGCUUCCUGUGCACGCCGCUGGCGGCCGCCUGCCCGUCGGGGGCCGAGCCGGGGGACGCGGCUCCGGGCGAGCGCGAGGAGCUGCUGCUGCUGCAGAGCACCGCGGAGCAGCUGCGCCAGACGGCGCUGCAGCAGGAGGCGCGCAUCCGCGCCGACCAGGACACCAUCCGCGAGCUCACCGGCAAGCUGGGCCGCUGCGAGAGCGGCCUGCCGCGCGGCCUCCAGGAAGCCGGGCCCCGCCGCGACACCAUGGCCGACGGGCCCUGGGACUCGCCCGCGCUCAUCCUCGAGCUAGAAGACGCGGUGCGCGCCCUCCGGGACCGCAUCGACCGCAUCGAGCAAGAGCUCCCAGCCCGGGUGAACCUCUCGGCCGCCCCAGCCCCUGCGCCUGUGAUGCCCACCACCCUGCACUCCAAGAUGGACGAGCUGGAGGGGCAGUUGCUGGCCAAGGUGCUGGCGCUGGAGAAGGAACGUGUGGCCCUCGGUCACAGCAGCCAGCAGCAGCGACAGGAGGUGGAGAAGGAGCUGGAUGCCCUGCAGGACCGUGUAGCCGAACUGGAGCAUGGGUCCUCAGCCUACAGUCCCCCAGAUGCCUUCAAGAUCAGCAUUCCCGUCCGCAACAACUACAUGUACGCCCGCGUGCGGAAGGCACUGCCCGAGCUCUACGCCUUCACCGUCUGCAUGUGGCUGCGCUCCAGGUCUGGCGGCAUUGGCCAGGGCACCCCCUUCUCCUAUUCGGUUCCCGGGCAGGCCAACGAGGUUGUGCUGCUGGAGGCGGGCCACGACCCCAUGGAGCUGCUGAUCAAUGACAAGGUGGCCCAGCUACCCCUGAGCCUGAAGGACAAUGGCUGGCACCACAUCUGCAUCGCCUGGACCACCAGGGAUGGCCUGUGGUCUGCCUACCAGGAUGGGGACCUGCGGGGCUCUGGCGAGAACCUGGCUGCCUGGCACCCCAUCAAGCCUCAUGGGAUCCUUAUCCUGGGCCAGGAGCAGGAUACCCUAGGCGGCCGGUUUGAUGCCACCCAGGCCUUCGUGGGUGACAUUGCCCAGUUUAACCUCUGGGACCACGCCCUGACACCAGCCCAAGUCCUGGGCAUUGCCAACUGUACGGGGCCACUGCUGGGCAACAUUCUCCCAUGGGAGGACAAGCUAGUGGAGGCCUUUGGGGGUGCAACGAAGGCCGCCUUUGAUGUCUGCAAGGGCAGGGCCAAGGCAUGAGGGGCCACCUCGUGGGGGAGCCCCUCCCUUGCCUGCCAAUUCGGGGAACUUCCGGGGCAGGAGAGCAUUCCCUCCUUAGCCUACUCACACACGCAGUGGUCUCCUUUUUCACCCCACUCCUCCUGUUUUGCCAUGCCUCCCAUUUCCCCCACCUGUACCCACACCUCCAGAACGCCCUGCCCUUGAUGUCUGUCCUCUGAUCCCACUUGAAUGGGGACAAGCAGCUUGAGUCAAGAGGUCAAGCCUGGGGUGAGUCCAGGGCCUGGCAGGGAGUGCAUCGCAGUGCCCAUGGCUCUUCCGCCACCACUGGCGUUAGAGUGGAGCCGUCUCAUCCUGUGUCCCCUCGCCCAUCAACCACAGUUGAUUCCACUGAUCUCAUAGCACCAUCCAUGGGGCUGUGUAUGGGCAAAGGGCUCACUGUCUCAGUGGCAGAGGUGGUUAUCUGUCCCCUUUCUUCCAUGAGGCAGGUGUGCCCCCUUCCUCUUCAAGGCCAUCACAGGCUGUGGAGCUGUCCCCCAGCUGAGAGGAAAUGACAGAACCACACAGGAGACUCAGACUCACCCGCUUCCAUCUUUCUACCAGCUGCCAGUCACGGGCAGGGGAAAUCUUGAUGUAGCUUCUCCCCCCCAAUCCCCGCCCCCACCUGCACCCUUUCUUCCUCCUCUUUCCUUGUUUCUUUGUGUGCUGAAUGGUUGCUUUGAAUGUUGGUUCCAUGCCUGGCCCAGCCCCACCUCAAUUUCCAGGACAUUCCCUUCCCAGCUCCAGCCUGAAGGGUUGGGGACCAAGAUCGCAGGAGGCCCACCCAUGGCUGCGUCCACUGGUAUGGUCACCUUGCCCCUUCUGUGACCAGAACAAGGCCUGGACCACUUCAGCCUGGGCUGGGGACAGCGUGGGACAGAGGGGACAGCGUGGGACAGAGGGGACAGCGUGGGACAGAGGGGACAGCGUGGGACAGAGGGGACAGCGUGGGACAGAGGCAUGUGCCCCAGGAGACCCAGGCUCUGGCAGAGCCACAGUACCGACCCACUCUGCAUGUCCCUGCAGCCUUUGGGGAAGAAAGAAGCGGAGAGGGCAGGGAGAAGCAUGGAGCGGUGUGCAGGGCUCUGGAUGAGAAGGCGCCCCUGGUUCCUGGUCUUCUCUGCUGCCAGCCUACUGUGUAGUCUGCUGUCAGUCCCUGUCCUCUCCUGGCUGGCUGUCCUCAUUUGCGAGCUUUGGUCAUUUCUGAGAGCUCUCCAGAUCAAAAGUGGGAUGGUCUAUGAUUCCAGGUGGAUAGGGUGGGACAAGCCUGAGAACUUACCUAGGGGUCAAGGAGCAUAGCAGGGGCAGGCCCUGGGGCUGGGCAGCAGAUGGGAUCUGGCUAGGCACGGGUCAGGGUCAGCAGCUGGCUCCAGAGAGUCAAGGGCAAGGGGCAAGGGUCAAAGCAGACCAACCUCAUACACAGAUUGUUAAGGUCAGCUCUUCUGGAUCACCCCCAGCCUGGCACCCUUGCCCAUCUGAGUGUUUCAAAGGGCUGGUGGCUUACCUGGGCCCUACCCUUGAGUCCCCACUGGCUCCCCCAAGACAAUGGAAGAAUAUCAAAAUCUGAGAAAAGCCGCCCAGUCUGACCUCUUAUUGCUCAUAUGAGGAGGAGCUCAGAGAGGGCAAGUGACUUGCACAGGGUCACACAGCUCAAUGGAGCCGAGCCAGGACUAGAACCCAGUGCUCUUUCCCCCACACCAUACUUCUUGCCCGUGAGAGUCUUUUGAGUCCAGCCUAAACCUAAGAGGAUUGACAUUUGAGGGGUCAGAAUGCUUUCCAACAUUCCAACAAUGCUUUCCAACCCUGGGCCACUUUCCUGUAUGAAACAUACAGACAUCUUGGCAUUCCCACCCCUGAUCCCUGGAAGGUAGGGUGGGAGAGGUGUGAUCUCCAGGCACUCUGGCAGGAAUGGAGAGCUGAGAACACUGGGGUCCCUCCCCACUCACCUACCGGGUGUCUGGACAGCUGUUGGUUACUUAAGUCAGACGGGCACUGGUGGCUUUUUGUUCCUUUGGUUCCCUGUCUCUGCUCCCCACAUCCACUUAGCCUGAGGCAUGAUGCCUGAGCUACAGACUGUGGGGCGCAGGGCCAUGGAGGCUUUUCCUAGACUUGUUGCUUCCAGCCCCCGGAUCCUCGUUUCCAUUUCAAGAGUGCAAAUAGACCAUUCAGCACUUCCAGCCCAACUCCCCCUAGAAGGAGGGAUGGCGCGCUUUAGCCAGAACCUGCCGAGAUCUAGUUGCCCUGGUAACAGCCAAUGACAUCGGCCCCAGUGCUGGGUCAAGCAUCUCAUAAUGACAUAUGCUGUUGCUGGGGUGACGGUGAAAUUUGGUACUUAGAUUUCAGGAACACUGGGCUUUAUUGGGUUUCUGUUAUUGUCUUUGAGGGAGCAGCUUUUGUGGAGGCCUUGGAGGGAAAGAAAGAAUCUUAGGAAGGAGGUGAUAGAACUUGUUUGGUCACUCGAGCCCACCCAGAAACAUCAUCCCAAGUCCUUUAUGCUUUGUCAUGGUGAUCGUGAAACUUCUGACCUGUGUUGAAUCACCCUGGUCAGCCCUCCAGAGGGAACAGGAACAAAACCAGAGAUGUUGUCGUGUAGGCUCUGAGUCUGGGCCAUUGGUGAGUGGCCUGGGUCCCUAUUCCCAUUCCAGAAUGAUGAAUGUCCCAAGUCCCCACUCCUCCGUCUACUGAUUAUCCUUCUUUGCUGAAUGCCUGUUGUUUGGACUCCAGCUUUGAUCUUCAGCUACUCCCGGGCAUGCCAAAAAGAUGGGGAGGAGCAGAGGUGCUCAGCUGUGUCCUCGAGCUACUCCCAGCUGAAAAUGAGGCUGGAACCAUGUCUGUUACACCCUUGUAAACUUGCCAUGCUGGGCACCUCACAGGGAUCAACUCAUUCACCCUCACAACAGUUCUAAGUAGGACUGUUCUCAGCCCCAUUGUACAAGUAGAGAAAUGGAGACCCAGAGAAGUUAAGUAAUCUGCCCAUUGUCAAUCAGCCCACAAGUGAUGGAACCCAGAGUUCAAAGUUGGUGACAUCCAAGGCCCACCCUUCAGCCUGAGGGGACAGGUGCUGCCAUUGCCUGUGGAGUGGGAUUUGGCCAUCCACUGCUCCUGAGCCUGUUCACCCUGACCCAGAGGAACACAAAGGUGAGGGGUGGACUGGCCCCUGGGCCAGGGUCCCCUUGGGUGAGGCCAAGGGAGGGUUCUCAGCCCCUUCAGGGAGCUUGUCCCUGUGCGGGGUGCUCACAGCCUAGACCUUCUCUCAUUGGCUGGAGUUUCCAGGAGAGCUGAAAAGGGAGAGGAAGCUGGGUGUCUCCCAAGAGUCCCAGGCUGCAAAGGGGAGAGAGCUGCCCCUUCCCAAACCCCUGCUUUGGGCCCAGCCCUGCACCAGGUGCUUCAGAGCUCUUAUCUGCCAGAUUUUCCCACCUUGUGGCACAUGGUGCCCCUUAACCAACAUCCCAAGAGGCCGAUCACCUUGCCACAUCUGUGCAAGACCUGGGACCACAGGUGUGGACAGGAAGGGCUCCGAAGCCCUCUUUUUACAGAUGAAGAUGCCAGGGCCCAGGGAGGAUGAGCAGUCUUCGUGGCCGCCCAGCUGGGACACUGGGAGACCUGAGCCCAGCUUUCUGACUCUGUAUUCAGUGCUCACUCCAUGAUGCAGUGGUCCUAGCCCCCCUGAAAUGGAUCCCCUCUUUACUAUGUUUCCCAGCAUCCUUGCUCUGAGCAAACUGGGGAAGGGACACCGCUCCCCCCUCCCCAAAAGAUGGAAUCAUUCUCUUCACCAUCUUUGUCCCAACUGCCUGCCACUCCAAACCCCACCCCCUGGCCCCUGACCCUGCUGGGUUGGGGAGGGGCUCAUGUGUGCCCAGGCUGAGCAAUGAAUGAGCAUGUCAAGCUGUCAGACACUGUGAAAUUAGUGCAUCCUACUGGCAACCUGCCUCCCCCACCCCGCCUGAUUUUGUACAUAAAGUGACAUGAGAUGCAACAUAUGCGUGUAUGUGUGUGUGUGCGCGCGCGUGUGUGUAUGCUAUGUUAUGGUUUUUGUUACUUUUUGUUUUUGUAAAUUUGAAUGUCCAAAAUAAACGUGAUGUUUACUCUGA